GGACGGGGUAUUCUGGCGCGGUGGUACCCCGCGGGGAGAAGCCAUGAGUGUGGUGCCCGUGUCCCUAGCCCUGGGCCGCCGCGCGCGGGCUCCGGGAUGGCCCUGUCCCCAGGGUUGGCUCCUGACCAGCCAGGCCCGGUCUCAGCACGCCUUACAUCUUCCCGAAACCUGACUGAGCGCCUUGUGGAAGGGCUCUGCCAGCUGUAACAGCUGGAUCCCUCUCCGGGGCGCGCCCUUCUGCCCCUGCUCCUUCCUUUUGCCUCCUCCGGAGCUCCUCCUGGUCCUUCCCCCUUAUUUUCGGACACUGUCUUUCCCUUGCAUGAUUGCUGAACCGCAUGUUGGCCCAAGCCGCCCGAUGAUUUCCAGAAGAAGGUACCUUCUCUAUCCACAGGUGCCUCCCCCCAAGAGGUACCGAGAUGGCCAGCAUCCCAUCCAGUGAGCUCUGCUGGGCUAUGCCCAGUUCCAGCAGUUAGGGACUUGGACGGGUUUUAUGCUCAGGAGCGGACGUGUUAGGCUGUGCCUCCACAUUCCUAACAGCCCCCAACUUUUGCUGGGAGGGAAGGAGGUUUAGUGGGGAAAUUUCAUGGAAGAAAUGUCACUCAAGGGUUGAAGAAAGCUAAAGUAGAAUUGGCUUAGAGAAAAGUCUCUGAGAACAGGUGAGUGGAACCCAGAUAAACAACGGCUGGAUAAAUGGGACUGUCAUCUGCGGUUCCCGGGCAGAUGGGAAUCCUGACCGAGGAACAAGGAACAAAGAUGGGGAAACAAGACUGUUGGGUCACAAGAUGAGUGUAUUCUAGAAUAGGCUGGCUGGGCUGGGCUGUGAUCCAAUGCACAGAACAACCCCGAUUCCUCUCUGGAUUUUGUGUAAUGAUGGUGUCAUGGAGCCCAGAGCCCGAGUCCAACAGAAGCAACAUCUAGAGAUCGUGUAGACUCACUGGAGUCUGGAUUCCAGUGAAUGGGAACUCCUAGAGUGGCCCACCCCAUCUGAGGGUCUUUCUAUGGAGCCUUGAUUGUCCUGGUACUCUCUGUGUAGGCUAGAUUAGCCUUGAACUCAGAGAUCUGUUCCUCAGCUGCUGAGAUUAAAGAAAAGACAUUAUUGGUCCAAUGUCUGACCAUGGGGAUGUGAGCCUCCCACCCCAAGACCGGGUGAGGAUUCUAUCCCAACUUGGAAGUGCAGUGGAAUUAAAUGAAGACAUUCCACCCCGACGCUACUACCGCUCCGGCGUUGAGAUCAUCCGCAUGGCAUCCAUUUACUCUGAAGAAGGCAACAUUGAACAUGCCUUUAUCCUCUACAACAAGUACAUCACGCUUUUCAUUGAAAAACUUCCAAAACACCGAGACUACAAAUCAGCUACCAUUCCUGAGAAGAAAGAUGCAGUCAAGAAAUUAAAGAAUGUUGCUUUCCCCAAAGCAGAAGAACUUAAGAGUGAACUCUUGAAAAGAUAUACCAAAGAAUAUGAGCAGUAUAAAGAACAAAAGAAAAAGGAAGAGGAGGAACUUGCCCGGAAUAUCGCCAUCCAGCAAGAGUUGGAAAAAGAAAGACAGAGAGUUGCCCAGCAGAAGCAGAAGCAGUUAGAGCAGGAACAGUUCCAUGCCUUUGAGAAGAUGAUCCAGAAGCAGGAGCUGGAAAAAGAACGGCUAAAAAUUGUCCAAGAGUUCCGGAAGGUGGACCCUGGCCCAAGUGGGCCUCUGCUACCUGAUCUGGAAAAGCCUUGUGUAGAUGUGGUCCCCACAUCACCCACGCAGACUUCAGACUGUAACAGAACCGUGAGACCAGCUAAGCCACCCGUGGUAGACAGGUCCCUGAAGCCUGGAUCACUAAGCGUCAUAGAAAAUGUUCCCACCAUCGAAGGCCUGCGCCACAUUGUGGUGCCCCGCAAUUUGUGCCCGGAAUUUCUCCAGCUUGCCAGUGCCAAUACUGCCAAAGGCAUUGAAACUUGUGGAGUCCUCUGUGGAAAAUUGAUGAGAAAUGAAUUCACAAUCACACAUGUUCUCAUCCCCAGACAAAAUGGUGGGCCCGAUUAUUGCCACACAGAGAAUGAAGAAGAAAUUUUCUUUAUGCAGGAUGAUCUUGGACUCCUCACGCUUGGCUGGAUCCAUACUCACCCAACCCAGACGGCCUUCCUGUCCAGUGUGGAUCUGCAUACCCACUGCUCCUAUCAAAUGAUGUUGCCAGAGUCUAUAGCAAUUGUCUGCUCCCCCAAGUUCCAGGAAACUGGAUUCUUUAAGUUAACUGAUUAUGGCCUCCAAGAGAUUUCCACCUGCCGGCAGAAAGGCUUUCACCCUCAUGGCAGAGACCCCCCUCUGUUCUGCGACUGCAGCCACGUCACUGUCAAGGACAGGAUUGUGACCAUCACGGACCUUCGAUAAAUCUCAGUCACCACCCAGGGAGAUGGCUCCUUGGAUAAAGACACUUGCCUCCAAACCCAGCAGCCCAAGUUCAUUUCCUUGGACUUCACACAUGAUGGAAGGAGAGCAACUUCCCCCAAGUUGUCCUUUGACCUCAACUUGUGCACUGUGGUAUGUGCGCACGCACACACACACACACAUACACACAUACACACAUACACACACACACACACUAAAUAAAUAGAUGUAAUUUACAAAGUCUUACCCUCCUCCUGAGCUACAUGCCCUGAUCAGUUUACUGUCCUCACCCCCAUGGAAUUAAACUUUUAAGACAGAAUAGGAAAGGGUCAACACCAAUGGGAAACUGUUGGUCUUUUUUUAAUUUAUUAUUUGAAAAUAAGUCAUUUUAUUUUUUUAAGGCAAAUCUGAAAAUGAGCAAAUCACACCAAACAACUAACUCAAAAAUUAGGAUGCGAGAGAAAGUACCUCUCUGCCCUCUUCAGACCCGAGCACUGGCCUUUGGGCCCUGUUGCGACUUAUCUUCCAACUGGUUCAUCUCUACCUUUGGACUAAAUAAGGGCGUCUCUGCAAAACUGUGAAAGCCAUUUUGAAGGAUUUGGCUUUUUCUUGUUUGUGGCAUUACUGAGGGAGCUUAUCACUCUGGUGGGUAGUGCAUGAGGAGCUCCCAGCCCCCCAUAAAUUGAUUUUGUUUUUAAAAAAGAAGUCUAUUAUUUAAUUUAAAAGGUUAGGAUGUUAUUUUCUUCUGUAAUAAAACAGCUCACUGUGUUGUGCUCUAGAGUGAUCUGUCUGAGCACGGGCAUCAUGUAAACAUUUUAAACGGAAUGUCUGAUUGCGGCCAAAUGGGAUGGUGUGUCCCACAGUGAACUGUGUUGCCGUUCACUUGUAAUCAGUCAAUGUGGCCUGCCUGCCCAGUCUCCCUCCACGGGCAGGAAGUCGUCUCUUGUUCUGGUGUUGCCUCAAGUGGGUCUUCCCACUUUCUCCUUAAGCCUCAGCCAAGGCACUGAGCCUUACAGAGUCCCAGCCAACGGUGCAGCUGUCCAGCACUCACCCUGCUAAGUCCACUGUGCUGGCUUUGUCUUCUUCGGAAAUGUCUAGGAUGGUGUAUGAGACCGUAGGUGACACCUCACUUUUCUUCAUGAACUGAGCUGGUGCUUAAAGGUAGCCUAGAAAUCUGACACCAACAUGAGAGAAGAGUAAAUAUGUUGAUAGUAAAAUUAAUUUUUUAACGUGUA